AUGUUCUCCGUGAAGCCGAAAGCCGUCAUCGGCUUCAACCUGUACUGCGGCGGCUCCCCGGCGCUGGGCCCGGGCGGGCCGGGGGAGCGCCCGGAGCCCGCGGCCGCCGCCGCCGCCUCAGCGGAGCCGCCCCGCGAGCGCUCCGGGGCCGCCGCCGGGCGCGCCGACCCCCCCCGCGCGCUGAUUGGCCGAGGCGCGGCGCCCCGCGCGCUGAUUGGCUGCGGCGCGGCUCUGUGGCGCCCCGAGCAGGAGCUGGACGGCUGCGAGCCCGAGCCCGAGCGCGGCCCCGCCGCCGAUUCCCUGCCCGGGACCCCCCCGGGACCCCCGGACGGGCUCCGGCAGGACUCGCUGGAGCUCAUCAGCCGCUACCUCCGGGAGGUGGCGGGCGAGGCGCAGCCCAGCGCUAAGAAGCUUUUCCCGGGGCUCCUGGGUGGUCCCGGGCGGCCCGGCGCGGCGGGGGAUGCGGUGAUGGAGAAGUCGCUGGAGACGCUGCGGAGGAUCGGAGACGGCGUCAUGCGGAAACACGAGCUCGCCUUUCAAGGAAUGCUGCGGAAGCUGGAAAUCCAGCAAGAGGAGGACCUGCAGUCGGUGGUGGAGGUGGCUGCCCACUUGUUCAGCGAUGGGGUGACCAACUGGGGCCGCGUGGUGACGCUCAUCGCCUUCGGAGCCUUCGUGGCCAAGCACCUGAAGAGCAUCAAGCAGGAGCAGAGCAUCAGUUCCCUGGCUGGGAUCAUCACAGACGCCCUGGUCUCGUCCAAGCGAGAGUGGCUGGAGAGCCAGGGGGGCUGGGAGGGCUUUGUGGACUUUUUCCGAGUGGAGGACCUGGAGGGCAGCAUCCGGAACGUUCUGAUGGCGUUUGCAGGAGUGGCCGGCCUGGGGGCUGGCUUGGCCUACAUGAUCCGGUGAGGCUGGAGCUCAGGACCAGGACUUUGGGAGGACUGGCUCCGGGGGCUGCAGAGCUGCCCCUCCCUCAGGGACUGCUGCUGACCCGAGGAGGACAUGGAGGUAUCCCCGGAGCAGCUCAUUCCUGAGGAAGAGGAAGGUGUGAUCUGAGGCUCUGGGUGCUGCUGGAGGAUUUAUUGCUUUGGGAACAGAGCGUGGAAGAGUUGUUAACUCUGCUUCCUUCGAGAGGAAGAGCUGGGGAGCUCGAGUGGACUUGUUUCACUUUGAUCCCAGAGGGAACAGUCUGGGAGCUCCAGCAGCUCCUCCUGGGCUGGGUGAGGCAGCUGAGCCUGGAGCAGAUGUCUGAGGGCUGUGGUUGUGGGUUUUUUUCUGGAAAUAGCACCUUCUGCUGCCGCUGCCCUGCCUAAACUUGCUGGAGCAGAGGCACUGGGUGCUGGAAGUGCUGUGCCAGCCUUCACCUGCCCCCAGGUGCUGCCAGCGGUGCCUGGGAGUGGCAGAGCUGUGCCCACCCCUUCCCUCCCCGUGGGGAAGGGGCUUGGAGGGGCUGGGGGUCACACCCAGCUGUGUCCUGACCCCAGGCAGCCUCUCCUGGCUGCACAGACACAGCUGAGAAAUAGCCAGUGCAUUUGUAAGUGUGUAAAAUACCCUCCACUGGGCUGGGGAGGAUGCAGAGAACCUGUAAAUGUCUGUAAAUCUGUAGAAUAUAUACAUUUUUACAGAGCUGACGAUACAAAAAGGAGGAAUUAAUUCUGAACGUGGGUGUACCGCGCUUCAUUCCUCACAGGAAGUGGCAUUUUUGUGGCAAAGCCUCUCCUCCUGCCUUGACUCAUCUCAAGUACUUGAGCAGCACAGCCAGGGAGGGUGACAAGCAGCAGUGGCCUCGUGGACUCGGUGUGACCACGGCUGGCUGGCAACAGCUGACGUUUCUGUUUGUUUUAAUCUUAUUUUUGGUGGCUCUUGCCCUCCUGGCUGGGGGCAGGGAGCUGUGGAAAUCCAUCUGGCCACUUCCUUUCUCUUCCCUUCCUCUUGCUCCUCCAAGCCAUGAGCUGGACAAAGCUGAUGUUUGAAUGUAAAACGUCCUGGGGCUGCCUCUGCCUCAGUCCUGCAGCUCCUGCAGGUUCCUCAGGGCUGGCCUGGGCUCCCCUGCUGGCACCGUCCUUGUCCCCAGGACGUGACCUGGAGCCUGAGCCCUGCCCAGCUCAGCGAUGGUGCUACAGCCAGGCCCUGCUUGUGUGCAAAACAAGCUGUAGUUUGGUCAAUAAAUGUCUUUUUUUUUUUU